AUGGCUGAUUCGGCCAGGUCUCCGGACAAAAUCCCCCGGCCCCCCCUCAAGUCCAAGGCCGUCCGCUCUAACAAGAUAUCCGGUCCCUCGCCCGGCGGUCCGCCGCGCCCCUCACCACCUCCGCCUGUCGCUGGCCUGCCUGACGAUCUCGAAGACCUCAGCGACCGUGACAUCGACCACCGUCGUGUCCCCUCCGCCCCCGGCGGCACCCUCCCCCGUUCUCACACGUCCGGCCACCUCCCGUCCAAGAGUCAGGACCGUCGCCGCAAACCCUCCGAGCUAUCCAUUCGCCAGCGCUCCCAAUCGGCCUCGCAAACACAAGCAGUACAAGUACAGCCACCUUCCCGUACUGCUCUCACGACUUCUAGCACUCCCAAGCCACCGCCGCCUUCCUUCCGACCCAACAACACUGCCAGCGAUGCCACAACCCUGAAUAGUAACGAUGGCUCUGAGUCCACCGGCGGCCACGGCUCCGACCGUGAUAGCCGCCGCCCGAUUGCCAUGCGCUCAACGUCCGCAAUAGCCGGCAAGCACUCACUCCCUUUCUCAUCGUCCUCGACACGACAGCCCUCCAUUGCGACCUCUUCAUCCCGAUCUGCCCCAAAGGGCCAGUAUACCCCCUUCCCGCCUCUUCAGGACCCCAAGACAGCGCCAGAUGUACCCCCGGCUCCUUCAUCAGGCAUGUACUGGUCUCGCGCGCCCGUCUCGGGUGCUCCUCACACGUCGCUCCGUGCUCAUACGACAACGUUGGUUGGCUCCAAUAUAUUUGUGUUCGGAGGGUGCGACUCGCGUGCUUGUUUCAACGAGCUCUAUGUCUUUGACGCCGAUGCUUUUUACUGGUCUGUACCACAUGUCACGGGCGAGAUCCCUGUUCCGCUGCGCGCAAUGACAUGCACCGCCGUGGGCAAGAAACUCGUGAUAUUUGGUGGCGGCGAUGGGCCUGCGUACUACAAUGACAUAUACGUUCUCGACACGACCAACUUCCGCUGGCACCGACCCAAGAUCACAGGCGAACGUGUUCCCUCGAAACGCCGGGCCCAUACGGCUUGCCUGUAUAAGAACGGGAUCUACAUCUUUGGAGGUGGCGAUGGCGUGCGUGCUCUGAAUGAUGUCUGGAGGCUUGACGUCAGCGACAUGAACAAGAUGUCGUGGAAGCUCGUCUCCGGACCAGAGCGGAUCCCGCCUCCCGGGGUCCGGGAAACCCGCCCGAAACCCCGCGGGUAUCACACCGCCAAUAUGGUAGGCAGCAAGCUCAUCAUCUUUGGCGGCUCCGAUGGCGGCGAGUGCUUCAACGACGUGUGGGUCUACGACGUCGACGCCCACAUCUGGAAGGCAGUCUCUAUCCCGCAAACCUUCCGUCGCCUGUCCCACACAGCCACCCUCGUGGGCUCCUAUCUGUUCGUCAUUGGCGGCCACGAUGGCAACGAAUACUCUAAUGAUGUGCUUCUGCUGAACCUCGUCACCAUGACUUGGGAUCGCCGGCGUGUCUACGGGCUGCCGCCUAGUGGCAGGGGUUAUCACGGCACCGUGUUGUAUGACAGCCGUCUGUUUGUCAUCGGCGGCUUCGACGGCAGCGAGGUGUUUAGCGAUGUUUGGAUGUUGGAGUUGGCCGUGCAUGCAUAUUAUUCCCAAAUUAGCCACUUCACCAUCGAGGUUUGA